AUGGCCGUUCAGAGGGUGACCAUCCACCUGGUAGAGGAUGAAGAUGGAGAACAUUUCCAGGGUCCUGUCUGCUUCCGGGGCCAGUGCUACCAGUCCAUCCAGGAGAGAUGCCUGCAGGCAGGGACCCUCUUCCUGGACCCCUGCUUCCCUGCUGGGCCUGCUGCCCUGGGUUAUGACCAGUUGGGGCCCAACUCUGAGAAGGCCAAGGGUGUGGAGUGGCUGAGACCUUAUGAGUUUUGCCAGAACCCCCAAUUCAUCUGUGAAGAUAUGGAUCGGACGGAUGUGUGUCAGGGGAGCCUGGGUAACUGCUGGUUCCUGGCUGCGGCUGCUUCCCUUACCCUGUACCCCCGCCUGCUCUAUCGGGUGGUGCCCCCCAGGCAGAGCUUCCAGUGGGGGUAUGCAGGAAUCUUCCACUUCCAGCUAUGGCAAUUCGGUCGCUGGGUGGACGUGGUGGUGGAUGACCGGCUACCUGUGCGGGAUGGGAAGCUGAUUUUUGUUCGAUCAGCCCAGAGAGCUGAGUUCUGGGCCCCGCUGCUAGAGAAAGCUUAUGCCAAGGGGCUGCCUUGGUCUUCCCACAGGCUCCACGGCUCCUAUGAGGUGAUGCGAGGCGGCCACAUGAAUGAAGCCUUUGUGGACUUCACAGGCGGUGUGGGGGAAGUCCUGUACCUGCAGCCAGACACACCUGGCCUCUUCUCUGCUCUCCGCCACGCCCUGGCCAAGGAAUCCCUUGUGGGGGCCACUGCCCUGAGUGACCGGGGUGAGUACAAGACAGAGGAUGGGCUAGUGAAAGGUCACGCGUACUCCGUCACUGGGACCCACAGGAUAUCCCUGGGAUUCACCAAAAUUCGGCUCCUCCGACUUCGCAACCCAUGGGGCCAAGUGGAAUGGAGCGGGGCCUGGAGUGACAGCUGUCCCCGGUGGGCUACACUUCCUGAAGAAUGGCGUGAUACUCUGCUGGUGAAGAAGGAAGAUGGAGAAUUCUGGAUGGAGCUAGAUGACUUUCUACAGCACUUUAACACAGUCCAGAUCUGCAGCUUGAGCCCUGAGGUGCUGGGUCCUCAGCCCAAGGGGGGCGGCUGGCAUGUCCACACCUUCCAGGGCCGUUGGGUGCGAGGCUUCAAUGCUGGCGGGGGCCAGCCAGGCAGCGGUGAGGUCCUGAGUGUAGGGGGGGAUGACUCAGAGGGCAAGGGAGGGAGGGGGAGGUCUGGGGUGGGAAAGUUCAAAGACCCCACCUCUCCCUUUCACCCCCCCCAAACAGAGACCUUUUGGACAAACCCCCAGUUCCAGCUGACACUUCAAGACCCUGACGAGGAAGAAGCCGAGGACGACGAGGGGGGUCCAUGGGGUGGCUGGGGGGCUGGGGGCGCCCGGCCUGGAAGGGGUGGCCGGCAUCCCAAGUGCACCGUGCUACUCUCCCUGAUCCAGAGGAAUCGGAGGCGGCUUCGAGCGCGUGGCGUCACCUACCUCACUGUUGGCUUUCAUGUUUUCAGGAUUCCUGAAGAGCUCUUGGGCCUGCAGGACUCGCCCCGGCGCCGGGAGCUCCUGGCUGGACUUCUCCGGGCUGACCGCUCCCCAUUCAGCAUCCGCCGAGACGUGAGUCGCCGCUGCCGCCUGGCACCAGGACAUUAUUUGGUCGUGCCAAGCACCGCCCAUGCCGGAGAGGAGUCCGACUUCACAUUCCGCAUCUACACAGAGCGUCAGCAUUCAGCCACGGAAAUAGACAAUGCUGUCAGUGCUGACCUUCAAGUGCUCAUGACACCCUCUGAACCCCUGGAGUUUGAAAUGGAACAGCUGUUUCAGGAACUGGCAGGAGAGGAAGAAGAGAUUGGUGCCAACCAGCUGCAGACCUUACUCAGUAUAGCUCUAGAAUCUGAAGAUUGGGCUGGCCCCUGGACUCACUCGACUGGAGAGCUCGGGCUCCGGACCUGUGAACAUCUGAUCCGAUGUUUUGGACAAGGAGGGCAUUGUCUGACACUGUCUGAAUUUCGGCAGCUGUGGUAUCGACUUCGGAAGUGGCAGGCUGCAUUCGACAAGUUUGAUGCCGACAAGUCUGGGACCAUGAAUUCCCAUGAGCUGAGGCUGGCACUCAAUUCAGCAGGCUUCCAGCUCAACAACCAGCUGACCCAGCUGCUCACCAGUCGAUACCGUGACAGUCGCCUGCGGGUUGACUUGGAUCGCUUCAUGUCCUGUGUGGCCCAGCUCACCUGCCUCUUCCGUCAUUGCAGCCAGCAUCUGAGUGAUGAGGGAGAACUCAUCUACAUGACUAAGAGAGAGUGGAUGGAGCUGGCCACUUUUUCCUAGAACCUUUUCUUCUUGGAAUGGGACAAACCCCAGUAAGAGAGGGGCCACGGCCUACUGCGACAGUAGGAAACUGAAAUGGAAUGCGCUAAUCCAGACUCCCUCUCUCUUAUCAAAAGGACAAGCGGGCAGGGAGGGAGUGGGAGUGCAGGCUUUGGCCAAUGUUAGCCAGGACAAGUGUCCAACCUUGGGGUUAUCUCGACCUGUCCAGGAUGUAGAGGUCUCAGUGAGCUAGCUCUAAUUAAUUUUCCUUCUUUGGCAAACCUCUAGGCAUUUGUCCUGGAGGGUAAAACAUUAAAUAAACAGAAAAGAGGGACAGAAGUAGAGUACAUUUUGGAAAAUCGUUCUUAAAAAUAUUACACAUUUUAUUGUCUUAAUUUUUCAAGAAAAAAAAAUUAAUGAGAAUGAACGCCAAAAAAAAAAAAAAAGAAAGAAAGAAAGAACAAAACCACAAA